CUCUUUGCUGACAAAGGGGACUAACAAGCCAGGGUGCAAGGGAGUAAAGGUGAUCCAGAGCCAGGGGAUCAGUGAUUGCCUGGGCCAUAUCUCCUCCUGGCAGCUGCUUCUAGAGCUGAAGGGAAAGACGCAGAAACAGACUCAUGGGGUUAUAGCUUCCUGAGACCCUGGGAACACUUGGGGCUGCCUUCAGGAGAGCGACUGCUGAGGAGACAUCAGCUUCUCACCUUUCCUAGUUCCUCGAGGAUCACCCUCACUGAGGACAGUCUCCUCAAACAGACACCCUCCCUGCACAAUGGCCUUUGCAGCCUCCCUGGCUGAGCUCCAGGCAGAGGCCAGCUGUCCCAUCUGCCUUGAUUACCUGAGAGACCCAGUGACCAUUCACUGUGGGCACAACUUCUGUCUGUCCUGCAUCCACCAGCGCUGGGAAGACCUACAGGUCAUCUUCCCCUGUCCUGUGUGCCUCCACCACUGCCCUGACAGGAACUUGAAGAAGAACUCCCAAUUACGUCACAUGACUGAAAUUGUUAAGCAGCUGCCCACCACGAGGAGCAAGAGGAAAGGGCAGGAAGAGACGCCCCUGUGCGAGAAGCACAGUCAGGUUCUGGGCCUGUUCUGCGAGGAGGAGCUGGAGCUGUUGUGUCCCCAGUGCGGGGUGUCCUCUGACCACCGGGAUCACCUAGUGACACCCAUUGAGCAAGCUGCCGCUAGUCACAGGAGGAGGCUCAAAAGCUACAUUGAGCCCCUGAAGAAGCAAGUUGAAGACGCUGAAUUGGAGCGUGAAAUCCUAGUUGCAAAAUCUCCUAUUGAAGUUCAGCAGAAGAUGAAAAAUUGGAGGGGAGAGUUACACUCUGAGUUUGAGGAACUUAAGGAUUUCCUGAGAAAGGAGCAAGUUGCAAUUCGUGGCAGGCUGCUUAUGCAAAAGAAGGACGUUGAAGACAAGCUAUCCCAAUACCAAAGCCAAAUUUCAAACCAUAUGUCCAGGCUACAAAAUCUGAUAAGUGAAAUAACAGAGAAACGUUUCCAGGGAGACCUGGCAUUCCUGACAGACAUUGAAAGGAUCUACAACAGGUAUGAACAGCUAAAAGCCCCAGAAGACUUUUCAUAUGAAUUAAAGGAAGAGAGUUGCAAUUUCCCUCCACAUUAUUUUGGCCUGCAAAAAAUGAUCAGUACAUUUCAGGUAGAUUUGACAUUAGAUCCUGAAACUGCCCAUCCAAAUCUUAUUAUCUCAAAAGAUAGAAAAAGUGUGAUAUAUAGAACGAUGAAACCAAACUGUCUUGACAAUCCUGAAGCAUUUACUUCUUACCUGGCUGUCCUGAGUUGUGAAGGAUUUGAUGCUGGCAGGCAUUUUUGGCAGGUCGAAAUAAGAGGCACAGGUGAAUGGUGCCUAGGUGUAUGUAAAAAUUUCCCCAGAAAUGCUCUUAUACCACCAUGCCCAAAGGAUGUGUGUGGGCAAUUCCAGCAGGGCACUAGGACGUGUGGUACAGGGUACACAAGACAAGUCAUGCGGAUAGGUGUUUUUCUGGAUUAUGAACUGGGAGAAGUUUCAUAUUAUAAUUGGCACAGCAGGUCAUAUUUGUAUACGCUCACUGAUACAUUUACAGGCAAACUUAUACCUUACUUCUCUGUUGGGCUUUCUUCAAGAUCUCUUACAAUCAGUAUUGUCCUAGAUGAAUGAUGAACUUCUUGAAGGACCUUUUUGUGUGUGGUUCUAUUUUAUUCCUGUGUUCUUGGAGGGUAUUGUAAUAAAGAUUUUGAUUCCA